UAUCACCUGUCUACCCAAUUAAAAUUAACUUCUCCCAGUCCCCAGGUUUCUCCAUCUCUUUAUCUCUUCUUCUUCACAUUCCGGACGCCAUGGAAAACGUGUACCCUUACUUGGCUUUCCUGCUUUCCCUUCUCCUCCUCGUCUUCCACCAUUUCCUCCGCCGCAAGCGGAAGCUGCCACCAAGUCCGCUCGCUCUUCCCAUAAUCGGCCACCUCCACCUCAUCAAGAACCAGCCUCAUCUGGCGCUGCAGCGACUGGCAUCCAAGUACGGCCCAAUUCUGUUUCUCCGGCUUGGCUCUCUGCCCGUCGUCGUCGUGUCUUCUCCAUCCGCCGUCCAAGAAUGCUUCACCAAGAACGACAUCAUCUUCGCGAACCGCCCUCGAUCCCUCUCCGGCGAUUACUUAACCUACAAUUACACCGUCGUUGUCUGGGCUUCGUACUGCGAUUUGUGGCGCGACCUUCGCCGCCUGACUUCCAUCGAGCUCUUCUCUUCGAGAAGCCUCCAGAAGUCCUCCAUCAUCCGCAAGGACGAAACUCGUAAUCUCAUCUCCCAUCUUCUCAGGAUUUCUAGAACUGGGAUUCGCAAGCUGGAGCUGAGGUAUUGGCUCUCGCUUUUGACUUUCAAUAUCAUAACCCGGCUAGCCGCCGGCAAGCGGUGCGUGGCCGACGGGGAGGCUGGAACAGAGGAAGGGAAGCGGCUUCUUGAAGGGCUUACGGAGGUGUUUGUCCCUCGUUCGCCGGUGGCCUUGUGUGAUUUCUUUCCCAUUUUGAGAUGGGUCGGCAAUAAACAGCAGGAGAAGAGCAUGAUGGCUAUGCGGGAUAAGAGAGAUGAGUUAUUGCAGGGUAUUUUGGAUGAGUUCCGAGAGAAGAAAGCCAAGUCUUCUGACACUGGAGAACAUAACGAAACACUAAUUGAAACUCUGGUUGGUCUCCAAGAAUCCGAGCCCGAGUUCUACACGGACGACAUGAUCAAAAGCAUAAUCUUGACCAUGUUUAUAGCAGGAACCGAAACAUCCGCAACUACAAUGGAAAGGGCAAUAUUGCUUCUGCUAGAUCACCCGGAGGCAUUCCAAAGGCUUAGAGCAGAGAUCGACAACCAAGUUGGACAUGGCCGCUUGAUAGAAGAGUCGGAUCUUGCGAAGCUUCCCUUCCUUCACUGCGUCAUCAAUGAGACCCUAAGGUUACAUCCCACCAUUCCACUUCUAUUACCCCAUUAUUCAUCUGAAGAAUGCACUCUCGGAGGAUUCAAAGUACUGCAAGGAACAACACUUUUGGUGAAUGCUUGGGCGUUACACAGAGAUCCCAAGGUUUGGGACGAACCCGAAAAGUUUAGACCAGAGAGGUUUGAAGGGGAAAGACCAGAAGAGUUCAAAUUCAUUCCAUUUGGAAUGGGAAGAAGAGCUUGCCCCGGAGCCAGUAUGGCCAUGCGAGCUGUUUCAUUGGUAGUUGGUGCGCUUGUUCAGUGUUUCGAGUUGGAAAACGUUGGCCAGGGGGAGGCUAGCCAAGGUUCUGGUUCUGGUGUUACUACUCUCAAGAAUGAAGCCUCAGAGGUUGCCUUCUUUCCUAGACGAAACGCACUUGAGCUCAUGUCUCAACUUCAAAAUAAUAUGGAUCCAAGGUAA